AUGAAAAGCGUUGUAACUUUUAUAAUGGCAGCAUUCUUGGCCGGUAUACAAGGUAAGAAAUUCUUUUUUGUUACAUCCUUUAGCCUGCGUGGCAGCCGCCGGUUUUUUUUAUGGUGAAGGGAGAAAUUUCAAGGACGCUCGCGCGCACCAGUGGAGAAAAGGAGAGAAAGCUGACCAAAUUAACUAUAACCGACGCCUGCCACGUAGGUUACUUGAAUAAAGUCUCUCAAUACCAAGCAAACUACUAUGAAAAAAAAUGGUCAGUAUUAAAAUAUAUCCUAUAUCAGAAUUAUCCUUAUCCUUUUGGGAGCCUGAUGAAAAAGAAAGUGUUUUCUUCAGAACUGAUCUUGCAUAAAAAUGAUUUUAUUACAAAGACUUCGUAAAUUCCACUUAACAGCCUGUUAACAAUUUUUUGGAAUUUUUCUUUCAAGGCAAUCCAAGGCGUGGCCCUGAGGUGGACUAUUUUGUUGAGAGUGACGAUGGAUCCGGCACACGUAAGUCUGAUAAUACUCAAAUAUGAAAAACAAAGUAAAGAAAUAAAGUAACGAAAAGCGCAAAGUAGCUGGGUGGCGUUUUAUAAAAUAUUUUUUUUCUAAACAAUCGGAAGAUCGUAAAUGGAACCGCUAAUGAGAGUAUGUAAAACCACAGGCGGCUCAAGCGUUUGUCGAAGUUUGUAAGAGAAAUAAAACUUACUACAAAUAAAUGAAUUAUAACAAAUAAAAGUUUUCAGCUAAUUAUAGGUAUUUUCUCCUAGUAUCGUUGGCGUCUUUCUAUACGAAAGUUUUAGCGCGAUUUUAGUAGUAUAACAUCAUCCCACCUGAUUAUAAUUUUAUUACGUCUUCAUUUGCUUGUUCCUCAAAAAAUUUAGAAUUAAAGAAAUAAAUUUUUUUUUACAACUAUUAUUCAAAUGGCAGUUGUCACCCACCAGGUUGUUUUUGAGUUUCUUGUUUAAAAAUGUGUUUAUGCAUGCAGUAGUUCUUUGGAGAACGCUAACUGGUUUUGAAGAAUUAGCCAGGGGCCCUUUUCAGUUAAUCAGAAACGGAGACAUCGAGCUUGCCCAUGCACUUUGCAGUAGGAUUUCAAUAACUCCGACUUCUCUAUAUACAUUUUGGGCGAAAAACGAAACAAGAAAUGCUAAUAUACGUACAGCUCAACGCGGUUCUAAGCUACUCGUUUUCCAAAUAACUCGCCUUUUACUCCACCCUUAGCUAACAAGGAUUCAGUUUUUUUUUUUUCAAAUUGACAUUUGAUUGUUAUUGUUGUUGAUUUAAGCGCCAACACCUCCUCCGCCCAUGAGUACAGCUGCUCCACCAAUUCCCAGCUCUUCCGGGCCGACUCCCUCUGGCGCUCCAUCACCUUGCGGUGAUCGCCCUUCCGGUUCCGUUUCAAGAAUCGUUGGUGGAAAGGAGGCAGUCAAGCACAGCAUUCCAUGGCAGGCAAUGUUACGAUCUGGGUCUCAAUUCUGCGGUGGUUCGCUUAUACACAAACAAUGGGUUCUAACUGCAGCUCACUGCGUCGAGAAUGAAUCACCAGGCGGCUUUAAAAUCUGGUAUGUAGUUCAGAAUUUAAAUGCUGAUAGAAGGUAGUAUCAUGAGCCUUCAUACAUCUUAUUUUGACCAGUGAAAUAAGAGGUUUAGAACUUUGCAGGUCUACUGCUUAUUUUAGGGCAGCAACAGUAUAGUUACAUCUUGCUGUUAUAAAAAAUUAUCGGCGCUCAUUCCUGCGUACGUGUCGGAGAAUUAAUAACCAUGGCCCGUUGGGUGUAAAAAACAAUAAGAUGGCAAAAAGAAAAUUUCUCAGGUUUGUUUGUUAAGAUUAUCUGUUACUGGAAAAGCGUACGGCUGUACACUACAAAUUUUUUUGUAUCUAGGUUGGGGGCUCAUAGAAAGGAGGUGAAAGAGGACGCUACUCAAGAAUUCGAAGUGAUUAAAAUUGUGAGGCAUCCUGAUUACAAUGCUAAAGGCAACACUGAAAACGACAUGGCUUUGAUUAAGCUCAAUCGAGAAGCUGUAUUGGGACCGGGCGUGGGGUUGGUCUGCCUGGGAGAUAACAGUAAUCACUUGCCCUUGGAUGACCUCAACAAUCAGUGUUUAAUCAGUGGGUGGGGUACUCUUGAAUCUGGAGGAAAUCAGCCAGACGUGUUGCAUGAAGUCAUGGUGCCCCUUGUGUCGAAAUCCGUCUGCCAAGGAGCCUACGGUAAUCUACACGACUCCAUGUUGUGUGCAGGGUUCAAGCAAGGCGGUAAGGACAGUUGUCAGGGUGACAGUGGUGGUCCGUUAGUGUGCCAGUACAACAACAAGUGGUUUGUUGAGGGAGCAACCAGUUUUGGAAAAGGGUGCGCUGCUCCAGAUGCGUAUGGUGUUUACGCUAAAGUCCGUCAUCUGAGGCAGUUCAUUGACAGCACCAUCCAGGGGUAA